UUGCGUACAUAUAGUACUACAACUCAACUUUUGACUCGAACCAAAACCAUGACUGAACAGAAGGUUACGCAUGCCGACUCAGAAACUGCACCAAUAACAACUCAACUACUCGCUAAACAAGCUAAAUACACCAUUAACACAUAUGUUCGUCCACCAAUUAUUCUUUCGCAUGGUAAAGGUUGUCAUGUUUAUGAUUUAGCAAAUAGAGAUUAUCUUGAUUUCUCAGCUGGCAUAGCAGUAAAUGCUUUGGGUCAUUCCGACCCUGAGGUGGCACGAGUAGUUCAUGACCAAGCGUUAAAGCUUGUUCAUUUGAGUAAUUUAUAUAAUAAUGAAUAUGCAGGAGAACUUGCAGAGUUAUUGGUUGAAUCAACACGUAGUGGAGGUGGAUUCGAAGCUUCAAAAAUUUUUUUCACAAAUUCUGGUACUGAAGCGAACGAAGGUGCUUUGAAAUUUGCAAGAAAAUGGGGGAAAUAUGUUGGUAAAAAAAAUAAUGAAGAAUUGAACAUGAAUAAGUAUGGUGUUGUAUCAUUUUCAAAUGCUUUUCAUGGCAGAUCUUUUGGAUCGUUGUCAGCCACACCUUCCCCUAAAUAUCAAAGCCCAUUCACGCCAAUGGUACCAGGAUUUGUAACAAUACCAUAUAAUGAUAUUAGUAAGAUUAAUGAGCACGUGAACGAAGGUACUUGUGCUGUAAUUGUUGAACCUCUUCAAGGCGAAGGUGGAGUUUGGGAGGCCACCGUUCCAUUUAUUGAGGCUUUGAGAAAACGAUGUGAUGAAGUUGAAGCUUUGCUGAUCUUUGACGAAAUUCAGUGUGGUCUUGGUCGUACUGGAAAAUUAUGGGCGCAUCAAAAUUAUCCAAAGUCUUGUCACCCAGAUAUUUUAACAUUGGCUAAACCAUUAGCUAAUGGAAUUCCGAUUGGUGCUAUUAUGACUACACAACGUGUUGCUGAUAUAAUUACGAUCGGUGAUCACGGUACAACUUUUGGUGGUAAUCCCUUAGCGUGUCGAGCAGCUCUUUCAGUAGUCUCACGCAUAAAUACUCCCGAAUUGUUAACAAAUGUUAAUAAUGUUGGUUCCUAUUUAAAAUCAUCAUUUGAAAAACUAGUAACUAAAUAUCCAUCGCUUAUAACAACUGUGCGUGGACGAGGGCUUAUACUUGGAAUACAAUUUACUAAAGAUCCAAGUAAAAUGGUUCAAUUGGCUAGAGAACGAGGCUUAUUAAUAAUUACUGCUGGAAAUAAUACUGUUAGAAUUAUACCUCCGUUGAUAUUGACGAAAGGAGAGGCUGAAAAGGGUGUAACAAUUUUGGAAGAAUGUGUGAAAAUUUUUAAUGAAGAAAGUAAUUAA